AUGGACGUACCAGAUAUUUCUUGUGAGCAUCAGGAUACAUCGAUUCCAAACAGUUCUGGAAUAAUUCCAACCCUCCAGAACGUUGUUGCAACGGUUAAUCUGAACUGUAAGCUUGACUUAAAGAAUAUAGCUCUUCGAGCCAGAAAUGCAGAGUACAACCCAAAGAGAUUUGCUGCUGUGAUAAUGAGGAUAAGAGAGCCAAAAACGACGGCGUUGAUUUUUGCCUCUGGAAAAAUGGUAAUAACAGGAGCAAAAAGCGAGAAGAGCUCGAGGAUGGCAGCCCAGAGAUAUGCAAAAAUAAUACACAAGCUUGGAUUUAAUGCGACGUUUGAUGAUUUUAAGAUACAGAAUAUAGUUUCUUCCUGUGACAUCAAAUUCAGCAUUAGAUUGGAGGGUCUUGCAUAUGCCCACAGUAAUUAUUGUAGUUAUGAGCCCGAGCUCUUUCCUGGGCUAAUAUACAGGAUGGUCAAGCCCAAGAUUGUUCUUCUGAUAUUUGUCUCUGGAAAGAUUGUUCUUACCGGUGCCAAGGUAAGAGACGACAUUUACCGGGCAUUCAACAACAUAUAUCCUGUGCUUAUACAACACAGAAAGACAUAA